AUGGAGACGUUUGACGGCUUCUCGAUCCUCCCAACUGGCCCCAGGGAUGGAGGUCAGGGCCGCAGGCAUGUGUCUCCCGUCUGGUGGAGCUCAGACGAGAGCAGCUUCGCCGUGAGUGGCCUUGACGAGCGGCCGGCCGACGACUUUGUUUCUGGAGACAAAACCGAGGACAGGACGGUACUUGAGCAAUCUGUCCAGGCGAAAGCCCCCAACGCCUCCACAAUCCAUACCACCAAAGCCGAGCCUCAUACAAUGAGCUUUGCGAAUCGCCUGCGACGUCAACCUGCCGCGAUCUGCCUCUAUGAGCGGUAUCUGGAGUCAGGCGGAUGCACCAUCCACGAGUCUCGCGAGUCUGACGCUGUCGGACAACAAACUAUCUGUUCAACCGCCGCGACUCAGGAUACUACAGAGGGGACGAACCAUCACGCCCGACGCAGCUGUCAGUUGUCAGCGGGCAUGAAUCAGCCUGAGUUGGUUAAGAUAUCCUCCGGCCCCCGAAGAGUCAGCGCACAGGCGCUGGCAGCCAUGUUGGAAGCCGGCGCGUGGGAGGACGGAGGCGACAGUGCAGGCCAGCAAAACGCCCAUAAAGACAACGACAGAACCAGCUCAGAUACGGAAGACACACGCACCAGAUCCUCAAUCGGUUCUGAAGAGGCCGCACCUACAGUGCGGACUGGAAAUAUCACAGCGAACAUCGGCCAAGUGCAGCAGUUUGAGGCCCCGAAUUCGUCGCCACAACACGCGGAGUUUUUGAAUGUCCACUCGAGCAGUGUACGUCACGAAUCACUUCAACUACCCGCAAGGCGAAACAUCAGCACCCCUCACAAUCACAUUGAGAAGCAAAACAACCUUGAUCUCCUCAGAUCCGUCAUGGCAAAAUAUGACAGCAAAGUGAAAGCUCAUGUGAAGGCGAAGCAGCGGUCUCGCGGACACGCCGUGAUGCGUGCGGAGACAGCCUCACGUCAGGCGGCAAAGGACCACGGUGCCCGACUCGCCAGGAUCUCGAACUCACGCCACUGGCGUGAGCCGCUGGGCCCGAAGGAGGUGCCGCGCUACGCCAACAGCAUGCUGCUACGAGGAGAAGAUAUUCCUGCAUAUCUGCAUCUGCGCGGCCGUGGAAACGGUGGAAGCCGGCUGUAUCCGCAGCCCCCACCAUUUGCCUCCAGCAGGACAGAAGCUGGACAAUCCAGGGGAAACUUCGAGUUGGGCCAGGCACAAGCAAUCAGGUUCUCCAAGCCUGGAAAGGCGAGCGUGGUCAAGAUCUUCCCGCAUAAAUCAAGGCCUUUCGACUUCGGGUCUCUGGGCCUUGUGGAGACAAACAUCAUGUUCUCGGCUGGUGCUGUGGCCAAAUCGGCGCGCCGGACCAAUAUGCGGGCUGAGGGUACGCGGCUUCGUGGCGAACGCAGCGCAGACAUUGACGGCAGAGUCAAGUCCGAGUCUCCGGUGCGAGACUAUCAGCAGUCCCGGAUCCCUCGUGCUGUCCCAGGAACGGGAGAACAUGCAGCAGCUUGCCCUUACAAGCGGCCGAUCGGCGGCUCUUUGACUGAUAGGGACCGGGAUGUCAGGUUCCCACAGCUUGUGAGACGGCUCAAGACGAAUAAAGUCGAGUCCAACGAGGAUGCCGGUCACGCUCCAGUUCAAGAUUUGUCCCGACUAGUCCCGUCAGCAGCACUUACAUCCGAGCAGCGCUCCACAGUACACCCGCCGAAUAAUCGUUGGACCACGGGAGGAAUUCAAUCUUCGAUCCUGAAGGACAAGGCUCGACACUUUAGCCUUGACGGCAACGCAAGCCAGAGCCGCAUCGCCAAUGAAAACGACUCGCCGCUCACGUCACCGUCCAAGAUCCAGUCCAAGCUAAACCCUCCGCCUGGAAAUAGUGGCUGCCCUUCCUUGAUUAGUGAUGACGGACAGGAGCCGUACGACUUCCCAGAGGUCGUGGGCGAUCAGCAUGCUCGUCUUCCGAUAUUGCAGGGACCGUCGGGAACCUCGGCAUGCGAAAAGGAGGACACCUCGACGGCGCUAAACGAGACGUCGUCCGACGGCAGCUCAACUCUUGUUCACAUCAGCAUGAAUGCAAAUGAGCUCUUCUCCAUGUCUGAUACUGAAGCCAUCCACGACGAGAACAUCCGCGCCGACGAGAUCCACGCCGGUGUGGGCGACAGCAGCUACACCGAACGUGGAUGGUUAUUUUGGGCGAACGAAGCAUUCACCGCACCUUUUUCCCUCUACUUCGACAACGGCGACAGCGACAUCCCCGCACAACGUCGAGGCGGUAGGAGGGUGACUGGAACGAGGCCUGAUGGGCCUACGCUGUAUAGCUGCUGUGCGAUCCUGCGGUGGUUGAUAUCCACGACUGAUGCUCCUGGGACGCCUGGAAUGUGGCACGAGUCAUCCAUGGGACUGGAACUGCUCACGAAUGCUGGUGAAUACCAACUGCGAAUCGAUGAUGACGAGAGGGCUAAGAUGGUGAGGCUUUUGAAUUGCCUCUAUGAAGGCAUCGAGCUGCCACCUGAGCCAUCUGAUGAGGUAUCGGAAUUCAUUCGGAGCCUCAACCUGCAGCCGGUGCCGUAG